AUGGAUAAAGGAGGACAAACAGAGACUAGCAGUCGAGAGUGUCGACAUUCCAAGAGUCGAAAGAAGAUACCUGCUAAAGCUGUUACAGAGCCAGAACCUACACAGGAUGACCAACAAAUUGGAAUCAUCAAAGAGGAAACGGAGGAAGAACUGGCACUGUUGGAAUCAUCAAGUCGACCGAUGACUAGCGGGAGUCGACGACCGAUGUCCAGUGUGUCAACCAUCCUCAGUCGUCCAGGGAGCCGUUAUACACGUCCAAGUACAUCUAAGUCCCGCACAUCUUCUGUUGAAACUCAUUCAGGUUCAGCCUCGCCAACAAGAAGGACAAUCAGUAGAGCAAGCAGUCGGAAGUCACGUCCAGCCAGCAGUGGGUCACGUCUAGAGACAGGGCACAGCUCUGACAGUGACACAGACAAUGAAGAGGUUACACGACACAAACCUCAUCUGGAAGUUGACUUUGCAACUGUGGAUAUCACCGAUGAGAAAGCAUUUGAUACUGAUCUUGAAAUUGAAGUGCCAUCCUUUGGAAGUCAUAUGGAAAUGAUUGCAGACUUUCAGGCUCUCCGAUUGUCCUAUUGUAUGGACAGCAGCCUCAAGUUCAUAUCGGACAUGAAUGAUGUCUAUAAAACCAUCAAACAAACUACAACAUAUGAUCGAACUGGUCGAACUGCAUACAUUGAGGGCUGUAAAAAAAUGGGCGUGGUUCCUGCCUCCUAUUUCCUACGCCACAUGCAUGACCCUAACCUCAGUAUGAAGCACCAUGGGCUUGGAUCUAUGGGCAUGAAACCGAUAGCAAUGUCUCUCAUGACCAACACACAGAUUGUGAAGCUGGACCUGAGUGAUAACUGGCUGGGCCAUCAAGGAGGACUGGCUGUGUGUGAGAUGCUCAAGGAAAACUGCUUCAUCACCUUCCUGGAUAUAUCAGACAAUAAAUUUGGUCCUCACAUGGCAGACCACCUAGGUAAAAUUCUGAAUGCUAACUCCACGCUGACACACAUCAUACUGGCUGGUAAUGACUUUGAUGACACAGCAGCACUGGCCUUUGCAGAUGUAAUCAUGAAUACGACAAAGAUAGAGUAUUUGAAUUUGAGUCGGAAUGUGUUUGGAGAAUUAGGGGGUAUGGUAUUAGGACCUGCCAUUGCCGAGAACAGCUCGCUCAAGGAACUUGACCUCAGCUGGAAUUCUCUACGAAGGAAGGGUGCUAUAUCUGUCGCACAGGGAAUUAAGCAUAAUAUAUACAUGAAGAAAGUCAAUCUGUCAUGGAAUGGGUUUGGACUGGAUGGGUCUGUAGCAAUGUGUGAUGCCCUGAAGAACAACCAGACCCUGGAGGAAUUAGAUUUAACGAAUAACCGGAUAACUGCUGAGGGUGCUGUGAUAUUAGGAAAAGGACUGUCUGUGAAUGAAACUCUAAUUUCUCUAAAGAUGGGUAAAAACCCAAUGCAGAGUGCAGGAUGUUAUGGUAUCUGUGCUGCCAUUUUACGCAAUCCUAAUAGUAUAUUAAAGGAAUUAGACUUUUCUGAUAUUCUUGUAAACAAUGAUUUCAAUGACAUUUACAAACAAGUACAAGAGCAGUGCCCUGAUAUGAAAUUAAAACAUGGAGGAAUGGAACCCCCUAAAAAACCAAAGAAGCCAGUCCAUCCGAUGGUUAAACUAGCCAACUAUAUACAGAAAAAUAACCUUAGACUUGUGGAUUUCUUCAAUAAGUUUGAUAAGGAUGGAAGUAUGAGUGUAACUUACGAAGAGUUCCAGCAGGGAAUAGAGGAAACAGGUAUCAAACUGACAAGUGAUGAAGUCAGUCAGCUCCUACUGGAGCUGGACAGUGAUGGUGAUGGUGAAAUCAACUACAGUGAACUAGUGAUCGGUCACACAGGAUUCCAGGAGCAGCAGGACUCCAUCAACACCAUCCUGACCGCCACCCAACCGCGGCCAAUGACUACUUAG